AAAUGGCAAGAGAAAACUACCCCUUGCCAAUCAAAAGCAAAUGGGGCUUUUACGAUGAUUAUAUUUUUUCCAAAGAAAGCUAUGAAAAAGUUACAGAUAAAAGCCCCAUAUUUGGUCUGGACUGUGAAAUGUGUAAAACCUCUGAUGGUGUCUACUCUUUAACGCGUGUCUCCUUAGUUAAUGAGAAACUAGAAACUGUCUAUGACACUCUCGUAAAACCAAAACAUAAAAUCAUUGAUUAUCUCUUUCGGUAAGGCAAACGAAAUGAAACCAACAAG